CGUCGUCAUACAGACAGACAGACAGACAGGAACUAAUUACUCGAGUUUCUCGAAUACUCCAUCCAUCGCCCGGACCAGCUGGCCGCCGUCUAGUCGCGCAACUUCUACACUCUUGAUCGUUUGUACGUCUAUUACACACUCACAAUCAACAAUAGCAACAACGAGAACAAUCGCAUCGCAACGCAUCGCAUCGCAACGCAUCGCAUCGCAACGCAUCGCAUCGCAUCGCACCUUCCAUCGCUCUCCCCGCAUUGCGUCAUCACCGGCCCGGACACAUCUCCGAUCUACUCCCAUCAUCACCCUCCUCUCCACUCCACUCCUCUCCCACUGCAAUCAACAAGUGAGUGCAGUCUGAGACGCUCGGUGUCGCACAUCCAUCGCAUCCAUCCACCCUCAUCGUCCACAGCACAAAACACAGCACCACAACACAAACACACAAACACAAUCACAGCACCACACGAUGCCCUCCCUGCCCAUCCCCAUCCUCCCCCUCUCCCACGCCCUCCCCCCUUCCCCACCCGCCCACAAACAAGCCUUCCUCGCCAAGCUCCGCCACGCCCUCCUCACGACAGGCGGCGUCUUCUACCUCUCCGAAACAUCCGCGCUCGUGCCGGACACACUGAUCAACGAUGUAAUCCGCGAAACGCAUGCCUUCUUCGAUGCCGACACGGCGGUCAAGGAGGCGGUGGAGAUGAAGCGGUGUGGCAGUUUUCUGGGGUGGAGUCGGAUAGACAACGAAACAACAGCCCACCACCCCGACCACCGCGAACAACUCGACCUCUCCACGCCCCACCCUCUCCCAGCCCCCACCGCACCCCUCUACCACAACCUCCGCGCGCCAAACCAAUGGCCCUCCCCAACCGCCCUACCAACCUUCCGCCCCGUCCUCGAAGACUACAUCGCCCGCAUGGCAGCGCUCAGCACGACAUUCACGGCCCUCAUCGCCGAAGCACUCGGCAUGCCCGCCGACACCUUCGCCCGCUUCUUCGACGCAGACCAGCAGCACAAGCUCAAGAUUGUCAAGUAUCCCGAGGUUGCCCUGCCUUCAGCCACGGACGCAGAGGACGAGAGUGCAGACGCAGCGAGGCUACGACAGGGCGUAGGUCCGCACAAGGACUCGAUGCUAACUUCCUAUCUCCUGCAAGCGUCGCCGCAGCCGGGCCUACAAGCGCAGGACGCGAGCGGGGAGUGGGUUGAUGUGCCGCCUAUCCCGGGCACGCUGGUGGUUGUUAUCGGGCGGGGCAUGGAGGCGUUGACGGGGGGUGUGUGCGCGGGGGCGAUGCAUCGGGUGUUGAGUCCCGGGGUUGGCGAGGGCCCGCGGUACAGUGUGCCGUUUUUCCAGGGGGUGAGUUGGGAUGCGCGGAUUGAUGGGGAGGGGGAGGAGGAGGGGGGGAGUGUGGAUGUGCCGGAGGGUGUGCGGGCGGAGGCGGAGAAGGGAUGGAAGGGGAGGAGGGAGAGGGAGAGGAAGGAGGUGGUGAAGGAGGAGGGGGCGUUUGGGAAGAAGGGGCGGUGGGGGAGUAUGGGUGAGGCGACGUUUAUGAAUCGGAUUAGGAGUCAUCCGGAUGUGGGGGAGAGAUGGUACCCCGAGCUCUUGGCGCAACUCCGUGCGCAAGACGCCGCCGACGACGACGACGAGGCGGCACAGUCGAAAGCGCGGUAAUAAUUGAUGAUUAUGAUGAAGAUGAUGAACAAAAGACGAUC